AGAAAGUAAGAAACUGGGGCAAGUUGCUCCAUUACUCUGCGUUUUGUUCAGCAGCGGCACAGGCAUGCUGUUUCCCGACGACUGACUCUGUAAAAGAAGCGAAUAAAUCCCUGUUCGGUUACUUAUAAAGAUAUUUUAAGUGCUGUUGAAGUUCACCUGAGAAAAUGUCCCGCGGCUCCAACGCAGGUUUCGACCGACACAUCACCAUCUUCUCCCCGGAGGGCCGCCUCUACCAAGUCGAGUAUGCCUUCAAAGCCAUCUCUCAGAACGGGUUGACAUCCGUGGGGAUCCGGGGGACAGACAGCGUCGUCGUGGUCACACAGAAGAAAGUACCGGACAAGCUGCUGGACCCUUCCACUCUAACCAACAUGUUCAAACUGACUCCUCGCAUCGGCUGUGUGAUGACCGGACACAACGGGGACAGUCGUUCGCAGGUUCACCGGGCCCGAGUGGAAGCUGGAGAGUGGAAAUAUAAGUUUGGUUAUGACAUCACGGCAGACGUGUUGUGUCGCAGGUUGGCUGAUAUCUCCCAGGUGUACACGCAAAACGCUGAGAUGAGGCCUCUAGGCUGCUGUAUGAUCCUGGCGGCGAUAGACUCCCAGCUGGGUCCUGUUCUGUAUAAGUGCGACCCGGCAGGCUACUACUGCGGCUUCAGAGCCACGGCGGUCGGAGCCAAGCAGACGGAGGCCAACAGCUACCUGGAGAAGAAGCUGAAGAAAAAGCCAGAGCUGACCCAUGACAGGGCAGUGCAGUUGGCCAUAUCCUGCCUGUCCUCUGUGCUGUCCAUGGACUUCAAGUCCAGCGAGCUGGAGAUCGGCGUAGUCACUAAAGAAAACGCUAAGUUCAGGACGCUGUCGGAGGCCGAGAUCGAAACCCACCUGGUCGCCAUAGCGGAGCGGGAGUAGAGGUGCCCCCACAGACAUCAGCCCACCUCUCAUCAUAGUGUUUCAUUCUCAGUGUGUCUGAUUUAUCUCAGUUUAGCAGCACAGUUACCCACAAAAGUCUUUCACCUCCAGGAAUCAUGCAGAUAAGAAACUGUUUUAAAGCAUCCGUACAGAUUUAAAACACCUUUCCAGUGGCCUUUAAAAAAUUCAACAUGUAAUAGUUAUUUUUCUAUUCUGAUCUUAUGCCAUCUUUAUUGGACACAAACAGCGGUUUCAGCAACACAUUCCUCUUCUAUACGUACAUGUAUCACAUUUCCAUGUGUGAUUAGCAAAACUCAUGUGAUGCUGGUUAGGAUGUGUUUAGAGUGUUUGUCAUACAUCUUAUUUAAUACUGUAUGUUUAUAAAACCACCUGCCAAAAAUUUGCAAUUUAAUUGUCAGUGGGACUAAUUGUCAUAAUAAACCAGAACAGAAGGAAGACUAGAAAA